AACUUAGUUUCUGUUGAUGUGUCGUGAUUGUCCGAAUUUAUAAUAUCAAUAUUUAGUAAAUUUAAGAGAAAAACACGAGAAAACAACAUAAUUCUUGUGAAAAUAAUAAGCAGACAGACAUUAGAAGUAACGGGGACUGAAUUAUGGAAGAACAGAACAUGGAAUCGAGUAGUUCCUCGUGCUUCGACGGUUAUAGUGAACAUUCGAGAAGUAUAAUACACAUCGACAUAGAUUGUUUUUAUGCUCAAGUGGAGAUGAUCCGAAACCCCGAGCUACGGUCAGUCCCACUCGGCGUGCAACAGAAGAACAUCGUCGUCACCAGCAACUACGAGGCCAGGAAGUUCGGCAUCCAGAAAUGUAUGCUCGUUACAGACGCUGUGAAGGCAUGCCCCAACUUGAAACUAGUAAAUGGUGAAGAUUUGCAACCGUACAGAAUAGCUUCAAACAAGAUAUUUACACUUUUACAAACAUGGAAAUGCCCUGUUGAGAAACUCGGCAUGGACGAAAACUUUAUUGAUGUCACAAAUUUAGUACAAGAGAGAGUGAAAAUGGUUGAUAGCAAGAGUGUGACCGUGGCCGGCCAUGCAUACAAGGUGGCCAGUGUGGAGUGCAUCUGCGGCUGCCACACAAGACUGAAACUAGCAUCACAACUUGCUUCUGAGAUGCGCUCUAAGAUCUUCAACGAACUAGGCUUCACUACUUGUGCUGGUGUAGCUCAUAACAAACUAUUAGCCAAAUUGAUCUGUCCAUUACACAAACCCAAUGACCAAUCCCUGAUAUUCCCUGAACAUGCAUGCAGCUUUAUGUCCACGCUGCCCAGCGUGCGCUGCAUACCCAGCAUAGGAGCCAAGACUUCAGAAGCACUCAUGUCUCUAAACAUACACACUGUGAGUGACCUGCAACAAGUGGCCCCAGAGAUUCUUCAGAAACCCUUCAGUGGUGAUAUGGCUGUGAGACUGAAAAAGCUUAGCUUUGGUGAAGAUAAUACUCCUUUAAAGCAAACAGGAAGGCCUCUUAGUAUAGGACUAGAAGAUAGCUUUAAGACUGUAAGUGUGAAGAGUGAGGUGGAAGAGAGAUUUUCAGCCCUACUGCAGAGACUAAUAGUGCUAGUGCGGGAGGAUGGCCGGAUCCCAGUGUCUCUGAGAGUAACACUCAGAAAGAAGGAUGCUAAAAGAUUGAGUAGUCACAGAGAAUCUCGCCAGUGUCAGAUCUCCCCCUCAAUAUUCACUAUUAGCAAUGGCUCUCUCAAUGUCCCCGAGGCGGGGCAGAGUAAACUUAUGAGCACAGUGAUGAGAUUAUUUAAUAAACUUGUUGAUUUAACUAAACCAUUCCAUUUGACUCUAGUAGGUCUGGCAUUCACAAAGUUCCAGGACCGCAUGACUGGGAGGGGCUCCAUGGUCAACUACUUGAUGAAUGACAUCUCCGUCCAGUCUGUGCUAAACUUAACAAAUGACUGUGACACAUCUGGAUGUUCUAUGGACUACUCAGCUGCAUCCCCAAGCAGUAGCACCACCACAGACCUGUCUGAUGCUGAAGUGGAGCCUUCGCCCAAAAAACCUAAAAAGGUGAACUGGAUAGCGAAAAGGAGGUGCUUGUCAAAGGAGGAUGUGGCAUCCCCUAGCAAGUUACGUGUAGGGGAGUUGAGGUUGAACUCACGAGAGUUGGAGAAGGUGUCAGAACUGAGGCUCAACUCCAGAGAUAGAUCACUGACUCCUCGAGCAAGUCCUGCCAGAGAAUGCUUGUCUGAUGCAUCUGACUCCAUGAAGGAUAUAGCUGAAGGCAGCAACUGCGACAGCUGCCCCGGCUACGUGGACCAGGAGGUGUUCAGUGCACUGCCGGGCGACAUGCAGCAGGAGCUGAAGGCCAUGUGGAAGAACCCCUCCAGCUCGGAAGUGCCCCGGAGUAGUCCAAGAACAAACAAAGCUAAAUCAAACACAAUCUUGAAAUAUUUCCUUCCCAAUAAAUAGUAUUUAAGCUGAA